AUGAAUGGAUAUACGACUGGUGAGAAUGGAACUAUCCCUGGAAUGACAGAACAACAUCAGUUCCAAUUGUUCGAAGAAUCUCUGAGGAAAGUCAAUAAACUUGUGUUCCAAAUGUUAAUUAAUGAAAUAGUACCGCUCUCAAUGAACGUUCAAAGAAAAUUGGAGAAAUCUAGUGACGACGAGUUUAAUAGCGAGAUGUCCAAAUUGGAUGUCAAUGAAAAUUCAAAUACUACAAAUUUAUUAAAGGAGAUUGUUCCAUCUGAUCAACUCAUACAUGAACUAGCAGAAACAAAAGAUGAAGACAAAUACAAUAAAGUGAUAGAUCGAGUAAGGAAUAUCGGAUUCCAGGUGGGGAACAAACUUUCUGAAUUAUUAAUAUUUACAAAUAAUCCGAAUUUACAAUUUAAAGAAAUGGAUCUUUUGUUAAUAAUGAAAUUUGUAUGUCGUGAUGUAUGGAAACAGUUAUAUGGGAAACAGAUUGAUAAUUUAAAGACAAAUCAUCGCGGCACAUUUUACUUAUUCGACUAUGAUUAUCCACCUAUUCGUGAAUUUUGUAUCGAAGAAAAUGCAUUGAAGAAAGAGUUGAAACUAGUUGAACCUUUCCUAGAGUUUCCAGUCGGAAUAAUAAAAGGUGUCUUAGCUUCGUUAGGGUACCCACCUGAGCAGGUGAUUUGUCUCGCAACAUUUGUUGACAGACCUAAUAAUGAUAUACCAGACACUAGUUUUGCCAAAGGAAUAAGUUUCCACGUUCAAAUCACAACACAAAACAAUCCAUAG